AUGUCUGAAGUUAUUGAAGGUAACGUUAAAAUCGAUAGAUUAAGUCCAGGUGAUGGUGUCACUUUCCCAAAGGUUGGUGAUUUAGUCACUAUCCAUUACACAGGUACUUUAGAAAACGGUCAAAAAUUCGAUUCCUCCUUGGACAGAGGUUCUCCAUUCCAAUGUAACAUUGGUGUCGGUCAAGUCAUCAAAGGUUGGGAUGUCGGUAUUCCAAAAUUAUCAGUUGGUGAAAAGGCUAGAUUAACUAUCCCAGGUGCUUACGCUUACGGUGAACGUGGUUUCCCAGGUUUAAUCCCACCAAUGGCUACUUUGAUCUUUGAUGUCGAAUUAUUGAAGGUUAACUAA